AUGCAGGACGACACCAACAACCCACCAGCAAUCGACGGAUGUUCUCUCCGUGAUUUUAAUUCAACCUACAUCGAAAUCAUUGCUGGCCCCGACCUUCCUUUAGGGGAAUACUACCGAGGCUGCAUCCUGGGCCUCACCGGGAAAGACAUUCUUGAGAAUAUCCAGUACUCUAUCGAGGCCACGCGGAACAAAUUCCAGGCACCCAGGGAAGUCACUGUCGUCAGGGACUAUGAUAGCUUCUUGUCGUUCACCAACUGGCUACCUGUCAAGGCAGAUCUGUUCCUAUACCCCAUCAACAAUCCAGUCGACACCUUGCACUCUAGUCUUCAUUUUAAGGUGCCAAUGAGCAUCAAGGACGGACAGGCAGACACACCUAUGCCUCCACAUCGCAUUCCCAACAUUUGUUUGGCUGCAGCUGGCAUCCGUACCAAAGUCCGUUUGUUCUUCCCGCGACUGUAUGACCCAGAGAGGAAGGACGUGGAGUUGACAUUCGAGGAGAAGAAAGCCCUGUACGAAAAGGGUUUGCUGCCAGUCCUUCGGAACCUCAGUCCAGAUACCGUGACAAAUUGGCCUGUCAACUAUGAGGGUGCACAGACACGUGCAAGGAAGACUCGUGGAAUGUUUCAGUACAGCACUCGUCCUUUCUCUGGCUCUCGAGUCAGGCGUUUCGGACACGACCUCGUCGAAGAAAUGGUUACCGCUUUUCCAUGGGCAGAAGGGAUGCUCUUUAUGGUCCAGCUCCAAGGGGUGAAAGAGGCUCACCAACAUCAUCCUGAUGACAUGGAUAGGGCAGAGGAUGCUUUGGCCAAUACUCUCAGUGAUUUUUAUUUUGACGAACUGAUGGAUGAAGAGCAUUGUUAUGUCGAUGUUGGCCUCGAGCUGUCCGAGCCAGGAUAUGCAUUUCAAUGGCGCACCGAUGCUCACCGUGAGCUUCUCCUGGCUUUUACCCAGAUGACUGGGGCUCAAACCAGGUCCUUGCUGAAGUCUCGCGAUUAUGCUGUUGAUUACUCUUCCGGCUUAAUACAACUCGCCGGAUGUCGCGUCUCCAUCCCUCCACGCAACAACACAGAUCCAGUCUAUUUCCAGGCCUACACAACAGAUAAGGCUCUCAUUCAACAAAAAGAUGGUGGCAGACAUGGCUUGGUCCUCACUGGCAAGGCUGCACUGGACGAGGUGACACCGCCGUACUUGAAACACUUGUUCGAGCUCUACUACGAUGCUAAGGACGUCCACGACUGUGCCGCGAGGGUGGAGGUGCGCAUUCGUGCGAGAGAUGCAUUGACUCAUGCACUUGACUUUCCCGGGUGGCUGAUGACAGAGACUUUAUGUGUCUUUCCACGUUUGGAUUGGUGGCAAUGGAGAUGUGUCCGCCUCCAAUCCAUCAUCCGCACCUUAAGGCUACAGAACCAAGGACCGCCUGAGCUCCGUUUCACUUCCCCUGCCCUCACUCUCACCGCAGGACUCAUGUGGCUUGCCAAUGGUCUGCACUCUCGUCCUGACGAUGGUUCAGCUGCACGGGAUUUAAUGUGUGCAAUUCUCCCCGUCACGCAUGAUUAUGAUGCAGACGGCAUUCAAAUUGUACCUCGCCAGCACCACAUAGAUAAUCAUGAUGGCCUUCCUUUCUGCGCUCAUGGUGCCUUCUUCUUACGCGAGAUGGUGUUCCCCCCCAUCGCAGACGUCCCACGCAUGAAACGGACCAAUGUCAUCAGCCAUACCUCCUAUAAGUAUUUUUUCGGGUGUGAUUUCAACGUGCUCCGCAACAGAUACCACCCCACAGCAUACAUCCCUCGCAGUAUGAUUCCAAAAUCUAGGGUCAACACACAGAAAGGCAUGUCCAAACGCCACAAGGCAGACAUUCCCGAGCCAUCUGCUGCUUUUGCCGACCUGGAAUAUCACGCCCCUCGUCCACCACAAGAUAUUGGUGAUGAUUUGCCCUUCGAUGAACGACUUGACUUACCUCCAGGUCUUGACGAGGCAUUUGCCGUCACCAUCACGAAGCAUUGGAACCAAUUCUGUAGCGAUGUCCUUCAGAAAUGUGGCAACAUGAAGGGCAACCCAUUGGCCCCUUCCCAUUGCCGUCUCAGCAUGCACGAACGUCUGGUCGUCACGGAUGACAUUUACAGAGAGACCAACCUUGCUCUCAUUUUUAACCGUGUCCAGUGGAAACGAGCACAUCCUCUGGAAUGGCGCGAGGCAUUCGAUCAGUUUUUUAUCCCUCCUGGCACGGCACCUCGUCUUCAACCCCAGAAUUAUCCCAACAUGACAUACUGGAUGGAGUGGGCGGAUAUGAAGAGAGACAAACCAGCUCACGUCAUUGAUGCCAUCAGGACUAAGUACUGGGCUCUUUUCAAGGAGUUAUAUUGGAUUCCCAAGCCAUACAAUGACCGUCUGUGGAAAUACACAGAAGACUCUGCCUUCACCACCCUUACAUCCACUUACAAAUCAUCUGCUCCUCACCUGCUCAUUAACCCUAGCAGGCAACCUCCGAGAUGGGUGCCUGAACAUGUCACUGGAGAUGCACUCCAGGAGCAGGAAGAAGAGGAAGAGGAACAAACAGUCCAUGAUCCUGACUAUGUGCCAGACACAGAGUGGGUUGACAAUGUACCGCCUGUUCCCAUGCGCAUCUACAUGAGGGAAGAGGAGGAGGAGUCUGGAUCUGACACUGCAUAA